AUGGGAAGAUUAGUUGGUCUGGAGUUAUACAACUUCAAGUCCUACAAAGGUACUGUAAAUGUUGAUUUUGGUGAUUCGAAUUUUACUAGUAUUAUCGGUCCCAAUGGUUCUGGUAAGUCCAAUUUGAUGGAUGCGAUAUCAUUUGUGCUAGGUAUUCGCAGUAGUAGUCUGAGAUCAAGCGCCUUGAAAGAUUUAAUAUACAGAGAUAUAAUAUCGAGGGAAAAUACACCCACUGGGGCAGACAAUGAUGAAAACGGGAACCGUACUGCCUAUGUAAAGGCCUUUUAUGAAUACGACGGGAAAGUAGUCGAGUUAAUGCGCUUAAUAUCAAGACUUGGAGAUACUUCUUACAAACUGGACGGAAAUACUGUCACUUACAAGGAGUACUCACAAUUUUUAGAAUCCCAGAAUAUAUUGAUUAAAGCGAAGAACUUUUUGGUAUUUCAAGGUGAUGUUGAACAGAUUGCUUCCCAAUCACCCUUGGGUCUUACGAAGUUGAUUGAGGAAGUAUCAGGAUCUAUGCAGUAUAAAAAGGAAUAUGAAGAGCUAAAAGAUCAAUAUGAUAAGAUCUGCCAGGCAUCUACAGAAUCUAUUAAGAAAAGAAGGAGGAUCCACGCUGAAUUGAAGACCUAUAAAGAAGGUAUGAGCAGAGAUGAAGAGUACAGGAAAUAUGUUCAAAAGAAGAAAAGGGUUCAGACUAAUCUCUCUUUAUGGCAACUAUAUCAUAUGGAAGAUGAACGAUAUCAGUGUUUACAGAAACUUGAGGAAUCGCAAAACGAUGUCGAUGUAAUUAGAGAGAAGUUAGAGGCCGAAGAGAAGAAUCUAGAAGUAUUUAAGAAGGCUCUCAGUAAAGAAGCUGUUUUGUUAACAAAAAAGAAGAAUCACAUAAGGUCAAUAAGUAAGGAAAAGGAAAAGGCUGAGUCUGAUCUGAAAGUUGUCAAGAUACCUCAAAAUGCUUCCAUUAAUCGACUAAAAAAUCUUGACAAAAGAGUUGAUUCGUUACAAAAAGAUCUUGAACGUGAAGAGGCAAAUCUAGAGAAAUAUAAGCAUCAAUUGAAGGUUGUGACAGAUUCCAAAAAUGCUUUUGAACAAGAAAUUCUUUCAAAAUCAAAGAAUAACAACAAAUUCACCCUGAGCGAAGAUGACCUAAAAUUAUAUGAUGAGUUGAAAGGAGAAUACUUGAAUAAUGGUGGUAUCGAAAUUGAAGACACUUUAAAUCUUUUGGAUAACAAGAAAGAAGAGAUUACUGCUGAUCUAAAAAUCAUUAAUGACAAAGUAGAGAUAUCUAAGCAAAGAAUAGAAGAUGAACUAGUGACUAAAAAAGAGGAACAAGAUGCCAAGAUUAGAGACAGCACACUCUUACUGAAUGAAAAGAACGAUCUUCACUCCCAUAAAUUGGACGAACUUAGAAAGACUCAGAAGGAUAUUGAGUAUUGGAAUAAUAAGGAGUUUGACUUAAACCAUAAGUUAAGAGAUACUUUAGUUAAGCUUGAUGAUUUAAAUGCCACACAAAGAGAAUCUAAUAAAGAGAGAAAGUUGCGUGAGAAUGUUGCAAUGUUAAAACGAUUCUUCCCUGGUGUUAGAGGUCUUGUUCAUGAACUUUGCAAACCCAAGAGAGAUAAAUACAAGCUAGCUGUUUCAACCGUAUUAGGUAAGAAUUUUGACUCUGUUAUUGUAGAUAGUCUCUCUGUUGCUCAGGAGUGUAUUUCGUUCUUGAAAAAGCAGAGAGCUGGUGUAAUAUCCUUUAUCCCGCUGGAUACAAUUGAUGCUGCUACACCCCGAAUGCCGGUACCAGAAUCUGAAACGUAUACAUUGGCAAUUAAUACUGUUGAAUAUAAAGAUGAUUUGGUACGUGCCAUGUAUUAUGUUUGUUCCGAUACUAUCAUUUGUGAUAACUUGGACAUAGCUAGAGAUCUGAAAUGGAAUAAGAAUGCAAAUGUAAAGAUCGUGACACUUGAUGGUGCUUUGAUUAAUAAAACAGGUUUAAUGACUGGUGGUAUAACUAGUGACAGUGCUAAUAGAUGGGACAAAGAUGAAUACCAAAGCUUGUUGGAUUUGAAGGACAAGUUGAUUGUUGAUGUGGAAGAGGCGGCAAAUAAGAGCAGACAAUCUACUUUAAUAGCACGUGAAUUAGAAAUCUCUUUAUCAUCACUGACCUCUGAGAUUUCAUAUAUUCGUACCCAGAUAACCCAAACUAAGAGAGCUGUUGAAGAAACUGAAACGGAGAUUAAUCAUCAUAACAACCUUAUUGAUAGGGAGUUCAUUCCUCAAGUGAAAGAUCUGGAGAAUAAAAUAUCUGGUCUUGAAGAUGAGAUAAGAGAUUGGAAUACAAAGAGAGAAGCUCUACAGGAAAAAUGUUUUGCUAGACUAACUGAGAAGGUGGGCUUUACAAUGAAGGAUUAUGAAUCACAUACGGGGGAAAUGAUAAGAAAGCAAACCAAAGAGUUGCAAAUUUUGCAAAAGCAAAUACUCAACCUGGAGAACAAAGUUGAGUUCGAAACAGGAAGGUGCAAUGCCACCAAGGAUCGUUUACAAAAUGUUCAAGAAACAAAGAACUCUGUGCAACAUGAACUCAAUGAGUUAGUCGAUCAAGAGAAGAGUAUAAAAUUGUCUAUCGAAACUCUUGAGGGCGAAUUAGAUGGUAAGAAUGAAGAAUUGAAAUCAAUUAAGGCUGCGUUUGAUUCGAAGCAGAAAGAUGCGUCAGCCACUGAAGACAUUAUUUCAGAAUAUAAUAAUAGGCUAGCAUCAAUUGAGAGUGAUAGAAACGAGAUCAAGGAUGAUAUAACAAGAUUAGAUCUCGAGAAAAUGAGUAUUCUCAAGAACUGUCAAGUUUCAGGUAUUAUUGUCCCAGUUGUAUCAGAAGUCGGUUUGGAAGAAUUACCUGCUUCGAAAGUUGACGAUGAGGCUAUUGAAAUUGCCAAAAAAAUUGAAAUUGAUUUCUCCAAGUUACCGAGAAAGUAUAAGGAGGCAACUAGUGCUGCUGUGAAGCAAGAUCUUAAUAAUCAAAUUAGAGACAUAGAUGAUGUUCUAGAGGAGCUUCAGCCCAAUGCGAGAGCUGUUGAGAGAUUUGAUGACGCCAAGUCUAGGUUUGACGAAGUGGAUAAGGAGACAGAAGGAUUGAAGACAGAAGAGAGAAAGGUAUUUGAUGAGUUUUUGAAAGUUAAGCAAAAGAGGAAAGAGCUCUUUGAAAAUGCCUUUGAAAAGAUCAACGAGCACCUAGAUGCCAUAUAUAGUGAGUUAACCAGGAAUGUGAAUUCCACCUCGAUCCUGGGAGGAGGUAGUGCAUCUAUGACGAUUGAAGAUGAAGACGAACCCUUCAAUGCUGGAAUUCGUUACCAUGCCACGCCACCUAUGAAACGUUUUAAAGAUAUGGAGUACUUAUCUGGUGGUGAGAAGACCGUGGCUGCUCUGGCUCUGUUAUUUGCCAUUAACUCAUACAAUCCAAGUCCAUUCUUCAUUCUGGACGAGGUAGACGCAGCAUUAGAUAUAUCAAACGUACAACGCAUAGCAGCAUACAUUCGCAGACAUGGCAACCCGGACCUGCAAUUCAUCGUCAUCUCUCUAAAAAACACUAUGUUUGAGAAAUCAGACGCCUUAGUGGGUGUGUUCAGACAGCAACAGGAAAACAGUUCUAAGAUAGUUACUCUGGACCUGAACCAAUAUGCUACAUAG